UAUAAAUAGAGUGCAGGCAAAGGCACGCAGCAUAGCAUCCCAUCUGUUCGUCGAUCCUCUUUCUUGAAGGAGCGGAGCAACCCUCUUCGCUGCGGCAACUCCUACCCCAACCCUAACCACUCCUCCCCGAUUCGCUUCUUUGCUUAGAUAGCGCGUAAUUGCUUAUUGCUGAAUUUGGGGUUUGAUUGCUGCUAGGUGGAUUUUUCUUCUUCCACACAUAAGAUGCACUUCCGGUCAUCAUUUUGCCAAAAUGCAGUUUUUGAGUUGGGUUUUAUAUAUAAAUGGACACCAAACGAUUCAUCCAGCUGGUUGAGGAGAAGAAGAAGAAAAUUAUGGAGAGAAAGGAAGCUCCUUUGAAGUGGGAGCAGAAGCUGGAAGCUGCUGCGAAGGCCAAGGCUGAAGCUGAAGCUAAAGAGAGGAGGCUGAAGGCUGCAAAACAUAAGAAAAGAUCAGGAUCCGACAGUGACAGUGAUUAUGACACUGAUGAUGAGGGUAAGAAGACCAGUAAAAGAUCUCAUAGGAAGCACAGGAAGCAUUCUCAUCAUGACUCUGACCAUGAGAAAAGGAAAGACAAAAGCUCCAAGCGCAGGGCUAAGAGACGGUCCUCAGAAUCUAGUGAUUUUAGUAGUGAUGAAUCUGAGAGCAUCUCUGACGAGGAGAGGAGAAGAAAGAAGAAUCACAAGAAGCAAAAACGUCGACGAUCAAAAUCAGAUUCAAGUGAUUCUGAUUCUUCUGCUGAUGAAAUUAGCCAGAGGAAAAGGCAUCACAAAAGGCAUCGCCAUUCAAAACAUAGUGAAUCAGACUUCUCUACUGAUGAAGAAGACAGUCCAGCUCGUAGAAGAGGUCAUGGAAAGCAUCACAGGCGACACCGACGAUCAGAACCUGGUGAAUCUGACUCAUCAAGUGAUGAUGCUCAUCGUAAGAGAAGCCACAAAAGAAACCAUAAACAUCACAAGCGAUCGCAUAAUGUGGAGUUGAGAUCAUCCGAUUCUGAUGAUCCCAGCCAUGGGCGAAGAAGCAGGUCACUGGGGAAGUACUCAGACGAAGAUUCUGAAGUAGAAAGAAAAAGAUCAAUGCACAAGAAGCCCAACCACCAACCCCAUCACUCACAUGACAAACAUCAGCACUACUCAGAUGAGGAGAAAAAUCAUUCCCAUCAGCGCUCGCCAAAAGUAAAUGGAGACCAUGAAGAGGGUUUAGAGCAAACUGAAACUGAUGAAAAGGAUGGUGCUGAUAAGUGGAAGCGGAGCUAUGAUUGAGAAUAACGAUGAUCAAAUUGUUUGAUUUAAGCGUCGAUGUUCUGUUGUUAUUUUUUUAGGCGGUGACUAUCCAUCAUUCCAUUUCGAGUUAAACAAUUUCAUUAUCAUGGGUUGAUGUUUGUUGACUAAAACUGAACAUGGAAAUUCCAUUAGGGAUAUUGGUUUGUUGUACUACAUUGAUCUUUUAUUUGAUUCACCUGGAAGCAGCUUACAUUUUAAUGUUAUCCCCUAAGGCACUUUGGUGGGAUUUUUAUGA